AUGAUCUUUGAUAAAUUGCUUAGAUUAAGUUGCAUAUUGUUGCUGUUGCUCUUCUUUCAUACAUAUCCAUAUUCAGAUACGUUUUCAAAGCUCUGCUUAAAGCCAUCUUAUUCUGGUAAUGGUACUCUCGAGGGCAAUGCAAAGUGUACAGUUGCUUACCCCAGAGAAACUAAAGAUGCUAUAGAAGCCGAAGAUUUCUGCCAGUCGGCAUCGCCCUAUACCUUGACUUCCUCCAAAUAUGGAAAGAAUACGACUUGUGUUCAUGAAAGAGGUUUCGCUUGUGAUGAUGAGGAGCAAGAACUCUACGAUAAUUGUUUAAUAGUGGUGGAACGUAAAGGCAAAUUUUUCAAUAUCACACCGUGUCCAAAAGGAUACAACCUACACGUCGUUGAAGGAAAAGAUGAAGCAAAAUGGAUUGCUGUCAUCUUCAGAAAACUGCACGCUACAUGGGUAGGAAACUCAGGCGAUAGUGCUCGUGUUCUCAAACCAAAGCUUCAUCCCAAUGCUAUGAAAAUAGGUCUUAAUACUACUGAAGGUAAACCUAUCUUCGUGCGUUUAACACAAGGUGCGAGAGAUGGGACCAAAAAAGGCUGUGCUUACUAUGGGACUGAAGGGUUGCAAAUGCCAUACAUCUGCUCCAGAAAAGCCGAGCCUUACGACGAAACACAACUGAGUUUGAAGGAAUUCUUGGAGGAGCUGGGUAUUCCUUUGGAAGUGACCGUUAACAAAGACGGAAAUGAGCGCAUUUAUACGAAUUUUGGAUUGCUAUUUGCAGUGCAAGCAGAGCAUUUUGAAGCCAAUGUAAAGAACCUUCACAAUGCAUGCUAUGCACUUCCAAAAGGUUUUGUUGCUUCUCGUAAUGACUUUCUGAACGUUAAUGAAUUCGAUAAAGUGAUGGAAAAGUUUCGAUACUCAUCUUUCCGUGUCCCAAAAGGAAGGUCACCAACGUUUUCUAUGGAGGCGGAAAAGUGCGAAAAGGAGAGAUUUUUCGCGAUUAAUAAAAAAUACUGGAGUUAUUACGACAAGAAUGGAGAUAGAUUUGAGAUUAAAACAGAGCACUGGAAAAACACAUAUCCAGACAACAUGUGUGCCGAUUUGCCGAGAAUCACAGCUUUGAUGAUGAAGACAGGAUAUAUAGACAUACCGGCAAUGGGACGGCGAUCUGUUUUAUGCACGACAGGUGGGCCAGAAGAGGCUAACAGAGGCCCGUUACGAAAGGGAGAGUCAUGUAAUAGAGCCGCCACAUACAAUCCAAAAACCAAGCAAUGCGCGUGUGACGAUCCUGAAACUGAUGGGCGACUACGGAACCCAGACGUUUACGGUCAUUAUCCGCCUGGUAUAAUCUGCUUGAGUUGUAAGGAAAGCAAGAGGAAGAGAUCAAUUGUGUUCGUGUUUGAUAAAUCGGGAAGCGUUGAUACGAUAGGAGUCCGUCAGGAGCUUCGCUUUAUGAAGGAGGUGGCGAAGAACAUCAAAGGUACUAGAACUGGCGCAGUAAUGCAAACAGACAAUCCAUACAUUGGUCUAGAAAUGGGCCAGUGGGACAGUCAAGCGCUUACCGCUUUUGUGGCUAAAACCGAAAAAGAACAUUAUGAGCCUUCAUGGACUGUGCUUGGUCACGCCAUGUUCUUGGGAAGGAAGAUGUUGGAGAAAGAAACCACUGAAGACAAAAUUAUGGUGCUUUUUUCUGAUGGUCAACCAGAUCUUUGCAUUGAAUGGGAAUACGGUAUGUGUGCUGAUAUGUGGAAUUGGAUGAUGAUACAUGAGCAAUAUGAGGAAACCGAAGAGCUACGUAAAAAAGGAAUUCAACUUCUUUAUGUUCCUGUUGGUCCGAGAACGAUGCUCACAUCGAAUGAAUAUGAUCCUGAUCAAAUCGAACGUAUCAAAAAAAUGGUAAACUUUGAAAUGGAGAACAUUAUUGAGCAACUGGAUCUGCAACUUUUGGAAGACACUGUAAAGAUUCUUUGUCAAGAAAAGAAAAAGAAAAUUUAA